AGCCCUUUUAAUGUAUAAACAUGGAGCAGAAGCUGGCAGAGUUCAGAGCCCGAAGGAGAGCCGAGAUGGAAGCGGAGAAAAGCGCACAGAAAGAGAGACGUGAGCUGCAGAAGGGUCCGACUGAGCCGCUGGUGGAAACAGACACGUCAGACUCUCCAGCAGAGGCACAGAAGAAAGCAGAGAAUACAGAGAAAGUCAAAGAGAAGGAAGGCUCUGAUUGGCUGCUGGACAGUGCUCUGGGCCGCUGGCUGGGUGUGCAGCGAUUGGCCUUUACCAACCUGACCCUGCUGAAAGUGCUGCUUUGGCUGGUGUUACUUGGCCUUUUCUCUGAGCUUGAAUUUGGGCUGCCAUUCUUUCUCCUGUCUCUGUUCUACUGGAUCUAUGAGGGUCUGCGGAGUCCCACUGCGAGACAACCCGGAGAGCUCAGCGCUUACUCUGUGUUUAAUCCUGACUGCCAGCCAAUCUUGGGCACUUUAACUGCUGAACAGCUAGAGGGCGAGAUGGGGUACAGACCCAUGGCCGACAGAGUGAGGUCAUGACGGACUACUGAAAACUGGUUAGAACACUGCUGCAGAAGAAAUGGAUGAUGUCUGCAUUGUCCAGCUUUAAGACACAACUAAUUUUCUGCACACAUUACCUUCUGGACAGUCUGAAACAGAGGAAAUCAAAGAGUGACUAAUAUGAGGAGGGCUAAAAUGUGAAAUAUUGUAUACAAGUCAUGUUUGAGUGCAGCUCCCACAUAUAACUGGAACUUGAAUGGGAGAUAUGACACAGAAGAAGUCUGUACUGGAGUAAUGUCCCCUUUGUAGAUGAUAUCAGCCUUUUUCAUGAGUGACCUAGUUUUGUUCAUGUAGCAAUAAACAAUAUACAUAAACAAUGCAUUUAUAAUUGUUUAAGCAAACAUUCACAAAUAUAGCUAAAACAUAAACCUAGUGCCUUAGUUACAUACACUCCCACUUUUUCCCUGCACCCAAGUUGCAUUAUAAACUUUGGCGUUUUGUCAAUGUAGUGACAUCUCGAAAUAAGGCUUUCUGAGCAAACAGCUUUCAGGGCAAUUUACUGGAUAUGGGUGGUUUAAAUUUUCUCUUGAUAAACUAAUUCAUAACACAUGACCCUAUUCAUAUGCAUUUGAUUAUUAGCUGUAUGUCUGUAUAAAUAUAUAUGCACAUCUAUAUUUGCAUAGACAAAACAUCCAGACAGCAUCUGCCCUGCUGUCAAAACAGGUCACUCAUGAAAGGGGCCACUAGAAACACAGCGUGAUAUGUAGUACAAUUUAUCAUACAUCACUUAACUUCUGAGUACCACUGUGUAUAGAUUUUAACAGUUUCAAAUUGGCAACACUUGGCACAUGCACAACAGCAGACAAUGCAGAAUGCUGGCCAGUGACAGCUGUUUAAAGACGUACAUAAAACUCCUGCUCUGGACUUUCAACUGCUAUUGAUCAUUUAAUUAUUUUUGAUAAACAGCAUUCUCUCUGUCUCCAAGAAAAUCAGUUUAACUAAUUAAAAAGAAAACAAACAAAAGCAUUCAUGUUUACGUUUACAAACUGCUUUCACUUAAUAUCACAGAGCAGUGCAACCCCACGCAGUAUCCAGUGGUCAGGUGGCUGUACUGUGCGUAGGACUAUUCCUGUGAUGUAGGUGAGGUCAGUACGUCUUGGUUUCUUGUAGAUGGGGCAUAUGUAAAGCUUAGGAUCUUUAGGGGCAAUGGAAUUGAUGGCAAACAUGUGCACUACAGGAAGAGGGGUGAACAGCACUUUGGGUGUGGAUUCCGUGAGGCGACAAUUCCUGCGGUCCCAGCCAGCCCCAUCCAGGUACAGACCAUACACAUACACUCCUUCCUACAGCAUAAAGGAAGCAGUGGAAUCACAGUUAAUAAUAGGGAUGCACCAGUGUGGAAUUUCUGGGUUGACAAUAACAAAUAUUUAACACCUUGUCACUGGCAAUAUUUAGAUCAAUAAAAAUAAUGAUAAUCUUUUUUUAUUUUAAGGCAAGCUCACACUAGAUGGGUUAAAAAUUAAUUAGUGAUUUAUUUUACAUUACAUUGCUGUGACAUAGCUAAAUGAGUGAUGUCAAUUGCUGUGAACAUCUACAUGACUGUAUUUAAAUGUUAUAUAUUACUUAGCAGACUUUCACAGCUACUUACAAAAGUAGGUGAAUGUAGCAUUACAGGCUUGUCCAACGACUUUUACUAGAAUAGCUGUCUGUGUAUAUUUUUUAAUAAAGCAGAGCAGGAACUGAA